AUGCAGAUAGCACACACACUCAUGCACUCACUCCCAUUCCACAAGCAUUUAUUGAGCUCCUGCUGCAUGCCACACACAGUGUUAGACAUGGGCCCCCACGCAGGGCCCGCCGCUGUUCUUGGGGCACUCACUCACUGCUCUGAGCCUCAGAUGACCACGUGUCCUGAUGCGACCUGUUACUCUUGGGGGGGCUAUCACCCCCUCGGACUGUCACGCACCCUCGGGCUCACACUCCUGAGACGAUCUUCCCCCGAUGGACUCUCCGGUCCAGUAGCCAGCCAGCCCUUCAUCACCCAGGAGGAGCUACUUUAUCCAGCGUCCAUCCGCCAGCAAGGCCGGUGA